AGUUCGUCAUAACACGCAUACACAAUCGGAUAAGCGCGCAAAACGUCUGCAGAGAUCGACUCGUAAUCGCAGACAUACAAACACACACAUGUGCAAAAAUCGCGACUAUUAAUAAUAUAGAGAAGCUUACUCGACUGGCUAAUAUACCGUAGCAUCACAUGCUUUGAGUUGAGUAUUCGCGUAUGUGUUGGUGCGCAUUGGUUCAAGUCUGCGACGCCGCCGCCGCGACAUAAUAUUUUUUUGCAGAAGCAGACUGCCAGAUCUCGAGCAGUUUUGCGCUACAUACGUAUAGAGAUAGAAAGUCCAGCGACUACGGCAAAUUGGCAGAUUGUGGAGUGCGUAUAACCUUAAUCGAACGGAAUUCAAGUGGCAAUUGAGCAGCCGUCGAGUUAAUUUCAGCAGCAAAAUGUCAGGCCUUGUCGCAAAAAAUCUGCCCAGAUUUCAUCACAUAGCACCACCAGCUGCUUGCGUCUGGGAACCGUCUCGCUUCAAUCGCAAGUCUUACGCCACGGCCGUAUCAAAGCCAUCGCCGCAAGGAGGCAAAAAUAUUGUUUACAUCGACGGAGUGAGAACUCCAUUUUUAGUAUCGAAUACCGAUUACAGCAAGCUCACGGCUCAUGACUUGGCUAGAGAAACUUUGGUAAAUUUGCAGAAGAAAACCGGCAUCCCGACCGACGCUAUUGAUUAUGUUUGCUAUGGAACUGUUAUGCAAGAAGUACGCACUUCUAAUAUUGCCAGAGAGGCUGCUUUAUCAGCUGGAUACAGCGAACAUACUCCAGCUCAUACUGUCACAAUGGCAUGUAUUAGCAGUAAUGUAGCCCUUACCACUGGUAUUGGUCUGAUAAACUCUGGUAUUUACGAUACAAUAGUUGCUGGUGGAGUUGAGUUUAUGUCUGAUAUUCCAAUCAGACACAGCAGAGCUAUGAGAUCCUUGAUGCUGAGAGCUAACAAAGCUAAAACUCCAAUGCAAAAACUGUCUCUACUUGCCACGAUAAGACCUGGACACUUUGUUCCUGAUUUGCCAGCUGUAGCUGAAUUUUCAACGAAUGAGACUAUGGGACAUAGUGGAGAUCGAUUGGCUGCAGCAUUCAAUGUUUCACGCCAAGAGCAAGAUGAUUAUGCUUUACGCUCUCAUACUUUAGCUGCUAAAGCCCAUCAAGAUGGUCAUCUUACCGACAUGAUCCCAUUUGUGGUUCCUGGGCUAAAAAAUGUAGUAGACAAAGAUAAUGGAGUAAGAGUCUCAACAAAAGAACAAUUGGCUAAGUUGAAACCAGCUUUUGUAAAACCUUACGGAACAGUCACAGCAGCUAAUGCUUCUUAUUUGACUGAUGGAGCUUCAGCUGGAUUAAUCAUGACUGAGGACAAAGCUAAACAGCUUGGUUUAAAACCUAAAGCUUUCAUGAGAGCAUUCACAUAUGUUUCUCAAGAUCCAAAGGAUCAACUUCUUCUUGGACCUGCUUAUGCUAUUCCAAAACUUUUAGACAGAGCUGGUCUUUCUUUGAAAGAUAUUGGAGUUUGGGAGGUUCAUGAAGCUUUUGCUGCUCAGAUUUUAGCCAAUUUGAAGGCUUUAGAUUCUGAUUAUUUUGCUAAAACUUACCUUAAGCGUUCAAGUAAAGUAGGUACUCCAGACAUGAGUAAGUGGAAUACAUGGGGAGGUUCACUUUCUCUUGGACAUCCAUUUGCUGCUACAGGCAUUAGAUUAGCAACACAUACUGCUAAUAGAAUGAUCAAGGAAAAUCAACAAUUUGGUUUAAUCGCUGCAUGUGCUGCUGGUGGACAGGGAAUCGCCAUGCUAAUGGAAAGACACCCCGAUGCCAAAAUUUAAAUGGGAGUAAUUACAUGAAUUGUAUCAAUGUUAUUAUCUAUUACAUAAGAGUGUUAUAAGCAGUAGUUUGUCUAUCAAUAUCGCAUUUGUUCUUUGCUUUUUAUACAAGGAUUUAUAUAUAUUUUUAUAAAUUUGAACCAGAAUUUUAUAUAUAAAUAUAUUAUUUACUAAAAAGAAACAUAUUUUCUGUCAAUGUUUUUGAUUGUACAUGACCAAAAUAGAAAAAUUUAUUAACCACAGUA